AUGAAAGAAAAACAGGUCACGCGCAGGAAUUCACCUUCCAUUGACAAUAAGUGGUUACCUGACAAAUCCUGACUGCAUCACUCGCCUUCAUACAUGGCCACACCUGCUAGUCUAAGCUGGCUGCUACAUUAUACAUUUCACUUAUGUUAUUUGCCACUUCUAACGUUAAUGCAAAACAAUCAAAGCCAAAUAGAACCUCCACAGCAACAUUCCAUUCCGGGCCUAUAUAAAAGCAGAUUCAUAGGACAGCAGUUCUGGAGUCCUAUUUUUUAUCGAACAAAGACACGGCUGUGUUAACGUGAGAAAGAAAAGUGAGGAACAACGUGACAAUAUCUGUUUAUCAGAGAAAAGCAACAACAGUAUUUUUCUGAGACAGAAUAUACCAGCUGGGCGAAUGGAGUACUCUAGCAAGUGCCCCACAGACAUGUCUCAGGAGAGACUUAUCCAAGAGCUCGAAGACACCAAAGAGCAGCUGAAAAAGCAGAAAACCCUGAAGGAAAUGUACAUCAACAGGGGGAAAGAAACCACCAGAGAGCUGGAGCGGCUGAGAAAGUACAGCGAUGAUGUUUAUCCUUAUAAUAAUCUCAUCUUAUCUAUCCGGUAUGAGACUGAUGUCACUGAAGUCAGACAGCAGGUUGAGACUCUUCAACACGAGCCUCAGAAAGAAGCCCAGCAAAGAAAGCUCCUUCAACAACAACCCAAGGAGCUGAAAAUGGCACAAACAUCCAGCCAGGACAAGUUUACUGCUGAGCUCCAGGUGGAGCAGCAGAAGAACAAGCUUCUUCAAGACAAACUGGACAGGAUCAGCGAAGAGUAUGAAUCUGAAGAGGAUGACCGAGGAAAUCAAGAAUCUCCAGCAAAACACCCUGGAGAAGGAGGAACGUUAUGAGAGACAACUGGAGGAGAUGAAAACUCAGCUUACUGUUCAGAUCUCUCUCAACCUUGAGCUCUCCACAGGGCUUACAGUGUUGAAGGAAGCUGAAGUCCCCGAGGAGAAGCCAUGUGAGCAGGAGUCCAUCGCUACUGUCUCUGCCCCUAAACUUCUGGAGGUGACCAAAGUGUCCAAAGAGAAGGCGUGUGAGCAGGACUCCAUUGCUACUACUCUUGCCCUUGAACCUCUUGACGUGACUCAAGUCUCCAAGGAGACUAACCAAGGCAAAACAAAAAAAGUCUUUGUCGUUUCUGAGCUCUCCUCCUCAAAAGUGUCGGCGUGUAGUUUGAUGAUAAAAGAAUUCUGCGGAGGCAAGGCUGGGUGGAAUGAUAAAUCUUUAUUAAAACAAAUCUCAAGCCCUGCGUCCUAAUCAGAAACGGCCGCUUUCUGAUAUUCUCAGAUUUAUGGAAAAAGCAAUGCCAAAAUGCUUCGCCCUCUGCCCUAUCAGAAUUCCUAUAUCCUUUGAUCUUAGGAAUUCUACAAGUAGCUACCCCUUUCUUCCUGUGAGUCCCUUCUCCAGUACGCCCACUUCUUCUAAUUGGUCACUUUGCCAAAUUAUCCAGUAGACUAAAAGAU